CGCGCGACACACGGAGAGAAAACUGGAAACAAACACUGUUGUUGCAAUGGAGAAGAAACGCGACAGCAUCUCAGCCCGAGUGGACACGUCAAGUUCAUCGAGUGACAGUGUCGAGGAUGAGCUGGAGCUGUCUGCUGUGCGACAUCGACCAGAAGCUUUGGAGCAGCUGGAGGCUCAAACGCGUUUCUCACGCAAAGAGCUUCAAAUCCUCUAUCGGGGCUUUAAGAAUGAAUGCCCCAGUGGUGUGGUCAAUGAAGACACAUUUAAGGAAAUUUACUCUCAGUUCUUUCCACAGGGAGAUGCAUCAACUUAUGCACAUUUUCUGUUCGAUGCGUUCGACACAGAUCACAAUGGCUCUGUUAGUUUUGAGGAUUUUGUGAUGGGUCUCUCCAUUCUCUUACGAGGCACCGUUCAGGAGAAGCUUAACUGGGCGUUUAACCUGUAUGAUAUUAAUAAAGAUGGAUAUAUAACAAAAGAGGAAAUGUUAGAUAUCAUAAAGUCCAUCUAUGACAUGAUGGGGAAAUGCACAUAUCCCAUGCUUAAAGAGGAAACUCCACGACAGCAUGUGGAGAUAUUUUUCCAGAAAAUGGACAAAAACAGGGAUGGAGUGGUCACUAUAGAUGAAUUUAUAGACUGCUGUCAAAAUGAUGAGAACAUCAUGAAAUCAAUGCAGCUUUUUGAGAACGUCAUUUAACAUCUGAAUGGACUCUGUUGGCGGGCCAGCUCACAUAACCACCUUUAUACUCCACAAGCCCGACGUCCUCAAUGAUACAGUACACGUCUGAUUACUAGCAGUGCUUUACCCAUAAACCAAAAUGAACAGCAUUUUUAAUAUC